ACAAACAUCAAAACACAAAAGUUAAUUUACUUCUAUUCCUGAUGUAAAAAUUUGUACUAUUGUUGUGUUUUUUCAAAAGUUCUUUUGUUUUUAUGGUUUUUUAUGUCAAUCAAUGUCAAUUAUUGCUAUCGCAAUCAAUAGAGAAGAUAGAGUGUCACUAAAGUGUUUUUAGAGAUCAAUAAAGAUAAUCAAAUUUCUUUUUUAUGGAUAGAUUAGUUUCUUUUUAUAUUAGAGACAAUUUGCUUUUAUCAUAAUUUAUUUUUAUAUGCGAUCAAAUGGGGCCAAAUUGUUAAAAAUGUAUUUUUGUUACGAGUCUUUUUUGUACAAAAGUUUGAACGGAGAAAUUUUAUGAAUACGAAUCUAUUUUGAAGUAAAUAACAUUUUACCUUAGUGUACUUGAAGGUUAAAUUAAUUUUUAAUUUAUUAGCACUAAAGGUCUAUUAAAAAAAAUUAAGUUUAAUAACUUUAAAACACUUUGAAAAUUAGCUUUAAUCGCUUUAAUAGCUUUAAUAUUAGUAUUAAAAAAGUGAGGUUAGGUUUCCUUUCUCAAGAUGACUUGGCGUCCGCAAAAAAGAAAUUACCUUUUGCCUACUCAAAGGCCAAGUAGUGCAUCGCCUCUUAUUUCCGCCUCCGAUGAUGCGGAUUUGGAUUUUUCGGUUCAAAAAUUAAUCUACGUUGAAAAUAUAGUGAGAAAGAUGAUAAAGGAAAUGAAAAAAUAUUUAUCGGCAAUUGAAAGUCUGGACGAGGCGGAUCGUCAUCUGACGACAAAUUUAAUUAGUUACGAUCUCGUUCACGUCAGCGACGAUUUUCGAAAAAUAGUUCAGGACUAUCAUUCCGUCACCACCGAUGUGGGAAAAAGUGUACAGAAAAUGAUUCCCCUAUUCAAAGAGACAUUCAUAGAACCAUUAAAAAAAUUACGAGAGGAAUUUGCAAUAAUUGCCGCCGAAUUGGUGAAACGCGAGGAAUUGGUGACAAAUUGGAAGGAAGCGUAUUUUCGUCUGAAGAAAACGCAGGAGAAACGUGACAAGACAGCGAGUUAUGUGGUACGAUUGGAGAAGGACAAAGAUCUCGAGGACAGUGCGGGGAAAAAAUUGAAAGCAUUUCACUCGGAAUUACAAAUGGAGUUGAAAGUAUUUUUGGUGAAGAGACUCGAUUAUAUUAAGCCAAGUGUUCAUGCAUUAAUAAUGAUACAAUUGGAUCACUAUGGAAGUAUGACGAAUGCAUUUAAACAGCCAAAUUCUAUUUUCACCAAUAGCAGCAGCAAUAAUUCGGAUUCAAUUGGCGCGACAAAAAUUUCCGAUGAUGAUUAUCAGCAAUCGAUUAUUGCGCAGGUUAAUCGUAUCAAAGCUUUGACUAUUGUUAAGGAUCAUUAAAGUUCAAUGAACUUUGGGUCAUUGAAUUUUUAACUUCAACUUUAGGUUCUUCGGGAGAAAAAGAAUCUAAAGAAUCUAAAGAACCUAAAAACAACUUAAAGAACCUAAAGAAUCUAAAGGAUCUAAAUAACCUAAAGAAUAUAAAAAACCUAAAGAUUCUAAAAAAACCUAAAGAUUUAAAGUAUCUCUAAAAUUAUCAAUUUCGAAAUAAUAAAAUUAUUCGUUAUAUUUAUUUUAUUUUUAUUGCGUUCGUUUUAAAAAAA